GCGCCCUGGGAGAGCUGGCGGCCAAACUGAAGAGGGGCUUCCCCCAGCAGGCGAUGGACGAGGGGCAGUACGUGAAGCCCGGCACCCCGCGCGUGGGCUUCGUGAUGUCGGAGUCGCUGUUCCGCAGAGACAAACGCCUACCCGAGUUCGUGGACCGGGCGUCCGGGCGCGACAGGCUGCACAUGGUGCCGCAACCCAUCUUGUCGCCCAUCUACGUGACGUGCCCGGUGCGGGUGAAAUGGCCGCACAGGCAGAGGCUCAGCGCCUUGAUGCAGUCGGCCGUUCAGGCGGGCCUCUUCCGGUAUUACGAGGGGAUGCUCGCAGAGGAACAUGCGAGAAGUUUGGUGAAAGAAGUGGUGCCCUCCGACGCCCCGCAGGCGCUGGGCCUGUCCGCCAUGUUGGAGGCGCUAGUGGCGCUGUGCGGCGGAGUGGCGUUGGCGGGCACCGCCUUUCUGGCGGAGCGCUUCGCCCAGAGGCGUGGCCGACGAGUUAGAGAUGCUUAGUGUGGCCACCUGUAUUAUAUCCUCACGUUUUCUUUAGCCCCGGAAUGUCUACCCCCACUCCUUUCCCAACAUUAGUUGAAUUAAUGAUAGCAACGAGCGUUGUAGAC